AUGGUAAGUUCUCUACCUUUCGGGGUUCUGCAAAUUGGAAUUGUUAAACUAAUUCGAACAAAUUUCCAACAAAAGCGUACCUUUACCUUUGUGACUUUGCUGGGUCUGUUCCUGUUCACGGUGCAGGCAAGGAUCAUUGACAAUGAAAGCGCUCCGAUUAGAGGAGAAGUCGAUGCAUCAAAGCCAUUAGAAGUGAACCUGGCAGAAGCUAACAAGGAUGUGGUAAAGAAUAAUGAAUACCAGGACAAACAAUCUGAGAAGACAACUCAAGAAGGCAAAGAGCCAUCUGUAUCGGAGAGCAAGAAGCCGGCGACUUCGGCCCAAAAUGAACCCCAAGACAAAAAACCACAAGUCCAACCAGCGAACGAAGGCCAAGAAACUUCCGAAGAACUGAAACCUAAUGAGCCCAAGCAGGAAGAGUCGCAAGAAGCCAAGAAGCCAGUCGAAGCCAAGCAGGAAUCGGAAGAAGCCAAGAAGCCAGUCGAAGCCAAGCAGGAAUCGGAAGAAGCCAAGACUUCGGAGAAAGAAGAUCGGCAAGAAGCUAAGCCAUUGGAGAAACAAGAAGCCAAUUCCGAAUUGAAACCUGAGGUAGCCGAUGUUGAAAAGCAGCCAUCUCAACUGGUAGAUGACUCAAAGGUUCAAUCGAAUGAGGCUAGCCAACAAGCCACCGCCAAUGAGAUUAAUCCGAAUGAUGGAGAUCAAAUCCAGGGACGUAUUCUUGAUACCAAUGAUGCAAGGAUUGAAGUGAUCUACGAACCAGCCAGUGAGAUUCAGUUCAAUGGCUCUCAUGUUGUUCAAUAUUUGGACAAGAUCUUUAAAUAUCCUGUCGUCGUGACCAAUGCCAGUUCAUCUCACUCUCAGCACACGAACAACAAGUAUUCAUCGUAUCCCAAGGUGCAGUUUGUGGCCACCAAUGGUUCAUCAUCAUCUUCAAAUCAAUACCACAACAAAUUCUCAUCGUAUCCCAAAGUGGAGUAUGUGGUUCCUGUUCCCACUGGAAAUAGCUCGGAUGGUAAUUCAACUAUUCAUAUUCACAAUCAUACCCACUAUUAUCAUCAGCAGCAAAAGAAGCCAUUCCCGUUCUUUGUGAAUCCCUAUGAGAAGCAGGAAGUUGUUGUUGUCGAUAAGAAUACCACAACGGGCAAUGUUACAGUACAUGAGCAUUACUAUAUUGAUAAUGGUAAACCAGGUUUUGGAUCAUCUGGUGGACUUCCAUUCCCAUUCUUGCCAAAUCCUUUUGAGAAAUUAAGUGAAGUGCCCAAAGUUGUUGGAUUGAGCUUUGUCCUGUUGCCCAAUCCAUUCUAUAUUAACAAAUCUGGUUCAUCUAACUCGAGCAGCACUACUUAUUCAUAUCCUUAUCACAAGUUUCGAGGAUUUUCGGAUGAUAAUACCAAUGCUGGUCUCUAUUUGAUUGCCAAUCCCUUCUACACCAAGAAAACGGAACAAGAACCAGUCCAGCAGGCAGAACAGGCAUCGACAAAGGGACAAAGCGCAAGUGCCACCAAUUAUCUACCCAUUAGGGUAGCUUCGUUGCCUAUUUUAUUGCCCGCUUCGUUGGAUGCCAAUCAAGAGACUGUGAAUAAGGAUGAAAACGAUGCCAAGUCCUUUAAUACUGAAGGCAGCGGCAGUGGCAGCAGCACCUCCAGCCAAGGCAACAAAAUAGUCCAAAUUGAGGAGGAGAUAUUCAAGAAUUUGCUGCUAAGCCAUGAACUCCUACAGAAGCAGCUUGCUUCCAGCAGUUCUGGUGGUUCCUCAGAUGGCCAAUUGUUUAAAAUUGAUGAUCUCAGCAAGGCUCCAUUCCUGGUGGCUCACCCUCUAGUAUUGAAUAUCAAUUCCAAUUCCAACAAGAGUAACAAAACUAGCAGCAGUGUAUCAUCUAAUCCCAUAAAUGGACUCGAAGAGGAAGUAUUCAAGCAUUUGGUUCUAAGUCAUCAGUUCCUGGAGAAACAGAAUCCCUUCAAGAAUGAGAAGCGCUCACAAUCGUCAGUUGCCGAUGAGGAGAGUGCUGUCCUCUUUGCUGUCGAGAUACCAAAACCCAUCUAUCGUUUCUUCAAGUCUGUCUUUGGUGUCUUCUCCCAAUGAGAAGAGUAUGAGACAAAACAAAUCUAUAUUUUUUUUCACCCAAUUUUUUUUUUUUCUGUAACCUAACAAAUUAUUAAUCAAAAUUUAUAUUUAGAAUUUAAGUUGCAAUAAAGAAAAUGACAUUUCAACAAUGUAA